AUGUCCUGGCUGCUCGCUUUGCUCUUCAAUCUUAGCCAUUCUGAGCAAGAUGGUCCUGCGAGCUCAUCGGCGGAACUCGUAUUGUGGUAG